AUGUGUGAAAAAGGCAUCCUCAUCUGGACAUGCGGCUGCACCCACAUCCAAGACCCUCGCCCCUGCCACAAAGCACGCUUCCGCAACAAAGCCUGCGAUGGCUACGCAUUCGCCUGGGCGUACCGCUCACCCGUCCCCAUCCACACAUCUCUUCGCUGUCCAUCAUGCUUCCGCGCCGACGAAGCCCUCACCCUCAGAAAAGCAAACGAAGCCCUGCUCGCCAAAUCUUUUGCCUAUCCUACUCUGAUCUCUGUGGCUGAUGGGGAUGACAGCCAUAGAGUCAAGACGGGCAAACCGAGGUUCUCGCGUACGGCGUCAGGCACACAAUUGGUGAGGGUACCCGACAAUUGGACGAGCGAGAUGAACAGGUUACCAAGGAAUGCGAAUGAGUAUUCUGCGUUUUUGGGUGGGAGGUUUGAUCCUUUGGUCAGAUUGCCGGAUACGCAUAUUCCGUCACCACAACCUUGUCGAAGCUCUCCGACUACACACACAAAGCAAGUAAAGGGAGCCAGAGAAAUGCCUUUUACAGCGCCAGGGAUACAACGAUCGCGCUCGCAUGCGCCGCCACAGUGUCUUCAGGGACCGGUACUGUUGAGCGAGGAUGAUUACCCUUAUGUGGAGUUCAGGGGUACUUUGUCGACGAAACCAGGCGCGAGUAGACGUCCUUCUUAUACGGGAAAGGUGUUGGAUGAAGGGUGGGCGCCUCCGAGUAGUGGGACGUUGCCGCCGCAGAGUGAUGUGGAUACUGCGCCUCCUUCGCAGGUGCCGUCGCCGCAGAUCAAGGUCUCGCAGCCGCCGGUUGAGGAUUACUGCUUCUGA